AUGACAGUUCCACAAGAUGCGAAACACAAGCUUGUUUAUGUGGCGAAGAUGGAGGCAAGCGUUGGAGCGGAUAAUUACCAGAACUGCUUGGUAUUUGGACAGCUCCCCACUGCCGCUCUUGAGCAUGUGAAGGCUUUCAUGGACCAGGUUGCCAUUCCCAUCCUCUUGAACAAGAGGAACCAUAUGCUGUGGCCCUGUGUUGUUUCCCAAGACCUGGGAACUCACGUAGAGAGCAUGAAAAACAAAAUGCACAUUCUGAAGGGUGUGAUGUCGGGAAGAACUCUGCUUCCAAUUCCCACCAUUGCAGGGAACAUUGAAGGAGAGCAGAAUUGCUCAGAGACCAAAAAAGACUCGUAUGAAAGGGCCAUCCUCCACGCCAUUGAAUCUGUGGUUAUUAUGUGGUCACAUCAAAUCCAAAAAGCCCUCCAGAAGAACUCGGGGCAGCCUUUGUUGAAGGGCAUUCAUUCGGAUCCUCAGACCGAGCUAGACUUCUGGAAAACAAGGCUGGAUAACCUUCUGUGCAUCUACGAGCAACUUCAAGCUCCCAUUGUCCAGAAAAUGGUCCAGAUCCUGAAAACCAAGCAGAGCAGUUAUUUGCCUACUUUUGAGGACACUUUGAUUGUCGUUGAAGCUGCUCUUCUUGAAGCUCAAGAUAUAGAAUUAUACCUGAGACCACUAAGAAGACAUAUUCAACGCCUUAAGGAGACUGAAUUCCCUCAGAUUCGUUUCUUGAUUUCCCCGUUAUUUCAUACCAUCUGCCUGAUUUGGAGUCACUCCAGAUUUUAUAACUCACCUGCCCAGAUAAUCAUUUUACUGCAGGAGUUUUGCAAUCUCUUUAUUGAUCAGGCAAUCGCCUUCCUUUCCCCGGAUGAACUUUUGAGUGGAGAAGUUGAAGAAUCCCUGGAACAGGUGCAAGUGGCCAUCAGCAUCUUAAAGACUUUUAAAAAUUCCUUCUUCGACUAUAGGGAGGGUUUGGCAAGGUAUUUCAGCAGACGCCAGGAGAUCAAGCCGUGGGAUUUCCAAUCCCACAUGGUGUUUUGGAGAUUUGACAAGUUUUUCAACCGUUUGAGGAAACUAGAGGAUGUAUUUUCAACGAUGCUGGAGUUGGAGAAGCUGGAGAGACUUGAGUUCGGUGGCACCAAGGGGACGGUUCUCAAUGACAAGAUCUGUGAGAUGAGUGAAGAAUUUGUGGACAUCUGUAAGGUUUUCCAACAGAGAACGUAUGACCCGUGUGAUUACACUAACACGGAAUUCGAAGAGGAUUAUGCUGAGUUCAAAGCUAAAAUUCUGGACUUUGACAGAAGGCUCGGCACUGUCCUUUGUGCGGGUUUCCUAGAUUGUCCAGGCUUAGAAUCAGCAUUUAAGCUCUUGUUCAUAUUUGGGAAUUUUCUGAUGAAACCAGUUGUUAUGGAAAUUUUCAACCCUUACUAUAAAAAGUUGUUGGAAAUGUUUCACGAGGAGCUGGACCAGUGUAAGCACCUGUACAGUGAGCACGUGAAGCAGGUUGAAAGAGGGAAUCCAGUUCUCCACAAGAAUAUGCCAUUUACCGCGGGAAAUCUCCAGUGGGCCAAGGAAGUCCGCAGCCGUCUUGAUGGAUUCUGGUCCAACUUUGUGCAUCUUCAGCAUCCGAUCCUGGAAGGACCUGCUGCUGUGUCACUAUAUCAGAAAUAUGUAGAAAUGCUCAGUUUACUUGACCAGUUUGGGGACCGUAUCUAUGCAGAAUGGAAAAGUACAGUGGAUGAAAUCUGCGAAUUCAAUCUAAACCAGCCCCUGAUAAAACACAAUGCUACCAGUGGUCUCCUUAGUGUCAAUUUUGAUCCAAAGCUUGUGGCUGUAUUGAGAGAAGUGAAGUAUCUUCUGUGGCUGGAGAAAUCAGACAUUCCAGAUUCUGCCUUGGCCAUCUAUGGCAAAAGAAGCACUUAUUUAAAGCAAAUUGGAAGUCUCGAGUUGCUCGUUCAGUGGUACAACAAGCUGAAGCUGAGCCUUCUGGAGGUAGAGCAGCCCCUGAUCGGGGAGGAGCUAAGGGCCAUCGAUAGCCGGCUCCAAGAAGCGGAGCGAGCCUUCACCUGGCGGUCACCGGAUUGUUGGGACCACAUGGAGAAGGUGAAGGCGGACGUCUUCGAGCUGCUGCAGAGGGUGGAGCAGACCCAGGAGAAUGUCAGACAGAUCCAGCACAUCAUGAAAACUUGGACGGAGCACACGCUCUUUUCCAGGCGAGAUCACAGAAGAGAACCAUUCUUUACUUUGGAGGGUAAAGGAGACACGUUCACCAGGAAGUACAGAUUGAUUCAAGAAGAUGGAUGCCGGAUACACGGUUUAGUAGAGGAUAACUUGAAGCUCUUCAAAGCCAAUGCCAUGUCCGACACCUGGAAGAUCUACCUGGAGUUCAUUGAUGACAUCGUGGUUGAUGGCUUCUUCAAUGCCAUCAUGCACGAGUUAGAUUUCUUCUUGGUGAACACAGAGAAAUGUCUGAAAUCUGCUCCAUUCUUUCAAGCACAAAUGAUCCUCAUGGCUCCAGAAAUCAUAUUUAAACCCCCAUUAGAAAGAGAGGCGGGGGAUGGCCUUUAUGAUCUCGUGGAAGAGAUUCUAUGCAAUAUUUUUAGGAUGUCUAGCCACAUGAAGAGAGUGGCAGCACAUCUGGAGAUUCCAAAUUACCAGAAUGACAUGGAUCAUAUGUCAGACCUGACAGAGACCAGACAGGAGAUCAUGAGCAGAGUCUCAGGGGUGAUCACCAAAGUUCUGGACUAUAGGAACUCUUUGGACUCCUACUCUUACCUCUGGGUAGAUGACCGCAUGGAGUUCAUGAAGCAAUUUCUUCUCUACGGUCAUCCAUUAACUGCAGAGGAAAUGGACCUUCAGUCCACCGAAGGCCUUCCAGAGCAGCCACCCACCAUCGAGCAGUUCAAAGAACAGAUCGACAUUUAUGAAGCUUUGUAUGUUCAAAUGAGCAAAUUCGAGGACUUCCGGAUCUUUGAAAGCUGGUUUAAGGUGGACAUGAAGCCCUUCAAAAUGAGCUUGCUCAAUAUGAUUAAAAAGUGGAGCUGGAUGUUCCAAGAGCACCUUCUCAGAUUUGUCGUUGACAGUCUGACUGACCUGGAAGAGUUUAUUAAAGUGACAAAUGCCGGAUUCUGCAGAGAGCUGAAAGAAGGCGAUUAUGACGGGCUAAUAGAAAUCAUGGGCCACCUCAUGGCAGUUAAAAACCGGCAGGUGGCUACCGAUGAGCUCUUUGACCCUCUCAAAGCCACCAUCACACUCUUGGAGAGCUACGGACAAAAGAUGCCCGACCACGUUUAUGUGCUCCUGGAGGAAUUGCCUGAAAGAUGGAACACGACCAAAAAGAACGCUGUGGCCAUGAGACAUGAAGUGGCCCCGCUUCAGAAUGCAGAGGUCACUGUGAUCAGGAGAAAGUGUGUUUUGUUUGAUGGGAAACAGGUGGAGUUCAGAGAAAGAUUCAGAAGAAAAGCCCCCUUCUUCUACAAUGCAGAAAAGCCAUAUGAAGUCCUUGAUGAGGCAAACGAAGAGCUUGAGGCAUUAGAAGAAGAAAUGUUACAGAUGCAAGAAUCGACAAGUCUUUUCGAAGUGGCCCUUCCAGACUAUAAACAAAUCAAACAGUGUCGCAGAGAAAUUCGUUUGCUCAAGGGCCUCUGGGAUCUGAUUAUUUAUAUCCAAAGAAGCAUCGAUAAUUGGACUAAAACCCAGUGGAGACAGAUUAAUGUGGAACAGAUGGAUGGAGAGCUGAGAAGGUUUGCCAAGGAUAUAUGGUCACUCGAUAAAGAAGUCCGCUUCUGGGAUGCUUACUUGGGCCUGGAGCUUCUGGUGAAGAACUUGCUGGCGUCUCUGAGGGCAGUGAUGGAGUUACAGAACCCGGCCAUCAGGGAGAGACACUGGCACCAGCUGAUGGACAUCACAGGGGUUAAGUUCUCGAUCAAUGAGGGCACGGUUCUGGCCGACUUACUGGCGCUGCAGCUGCACAAAGUGGAAGACGAAGUCCAAAGCAUCGUGGACAAAGCCGUGAAGGAGCUGGGGACUGAAAAGAUCCUUACGGAAAUCAGCCACACCUGGGCCAUGAUGGAGUUUUCCUACGAAGACCACUACCGGACGGGCAUCCCUUUACUCAAGUCCGACGAGCAACUUUUUGAGACUCUGGAGCACAAUCAAGUUCAGCUGCAGACGAUCCUGCAGAGCAAGUACGUGGAAUACUUCGUCGAGCAGGCCUCGGGUUGGCAGAAGACGCUCAAUGCGGCUGACACCGUCGUCUUCCUGUGGAUGGAGGUGCAGCGGACCUGGUCCCACCUGGAGAGCAUCUUCAUCGGCUCCGAGGACAUCCGGGUCCAGCUGGAUGAGGAUGCACGGAGAUUUGACGGCAUUGACGCGGACUUUAAGGAAUUAAUGUUUGACACAGCAAAGAUUAAGAAUGUCUUGGAAGCCACGGGCCGGCCCUAUCUCUAUGAAAAGCUGAAGGAUUUGCAAGCCAGGCUUGUUCUUUGUGAAAAAGCUCUCGCUGAGUACCUGGAGACCAAGCGUCUGGCUUUUCCUCGGUUCUACUUUGUCUCUUCUGCUCAUUUGCUUGAUAUUCUCUCCAACGGGAACCAGCCACGGCGGGUCACAAGACACUUGACCAAACUCUUUGACAGCAUUGCAGAUCUGCAGUUUGAAGAUAGCCAGCAGCUAGUGGCCAGCCGAGCUAUUGGGAUGUACAGCAAGGAGAAUGAGCAUGUCCCUCUCCAUACUGCAUGUGAAUGCAUAGGCCAUGUGGAAACAUGGCUCCAGCGUCUUGAAGAAACCAUGCAGGAAACGGUGCGCUGUUAUAUCACAGAUGCCAUAACCGCCUUUGAAGAAAAGCCCAGGGAGCAGUGGAUUUUGGACUUCCCAGCCCAAGUUGCACUGACCAGCUCACAGAUUUGGUGGACCACAGAUGUGGGGAUAGCCUUCAGCAGACUGGAAGAAGGAUAUGAAACGGCCUUAAAGGAUUACAAUAAAAAACAGGUCUCUCAGCUAAACACACUGAUCACCCUGCUUCUUGGUGAGCUCUCCCCAGGAGACCGGCAGAAGAUAAUGACCAUCUGCACCAUCGAUGUCCAUGCCCGUGAUAUCGUGGCCAAGCUGGUUUCUCAGAAGGUCGUCAGUUCCCAGGCUUUUGCGUGGCUGUCCCAACUUCGGCACCGCUGGGACGAUGCUCAGAAGCACUGUUUUGUCAAUAUCUGCGAUGCUCAGUUCCAAUAUUUUUAUGAAUAUCUGGGCAACAGUCCUCGCCUUGUUAUUACUCCUCUAACUGACAGGUGUUACAUCACCUUAACCCAGUCACUCCACCUCACUAUGAGCGGGGCUCCUGCCGGCCCAGCAGGCACAGGCAAGACUGAGACCACCAAGGACCUGGGCCAUGCCCUUGGCAUGAUGGUUUACGUAUUCAACUGUUCUGAGCAAAUGGACUAUAAGUCCAUAGGCAAUAUUUACAAAGGCUUGGUCCAGACGGGAGCCUGGGGGUGUUUUGAUGAAUUCAAUCGGAUCGCAGUGGAGGUUCUGUCAGUGGUGGCUGUGCAAGUGAAGAUGAUACAUGAUGCUAUCAGAAAUAAGAGAAAGAGAUUCAUGUUCCUGGGUGAAGACAUCCGACUCAAACCAUCAGUUGGCAUCUUCAUCACCAUGAACCCAGGCUAUGCUGGUCGGACUGAGCUGCCCGAAAACCUCAAAGCCCUUUUCAGACCUUGUGCCAUGGUGGCCCCUGACAUUGAACUGAUCUGUGAAAUCAUGCUGGUGGCGGAGGGUUUUGUGGAUGCCCGCACCUUAGCCCGCAAGUUCAUCACCUUGUACACUCUGUGCCGGGAGCUGCUUUCCAAGCAGGAUCAUUAUGACUGGGGACUUCGUGCAGUGAAAUCGGUCUUGGUGGUAGCUGGUUCCCUGAGAAGGGGAGAUAAAAAUCGACCCGAGGAUCAGGUGCUGAUGCGAGCUCUCAGGGACUUUAACCUGCCCAAAAUCGUGACGGACGAUGUUCCCGUGUUCAUGGGGCUGAUCAGUGAUCUCUUUCCAGCCCUGGAUGUUCCCAGGAAGAGGGACGUGCAGUUUGAGCAAAUGGUUCGCCAAUCUACCCUGGAACUCUGCCUGCAGCCCGAAGAGAGCUUUAUCCUCAAAGUUGUUCAGCUGGAGGAGCUGUUGGCUGUUCGGCACUCAGUCUUUGUGGUCGGAAAUGCUGGAACAGGAAAGAGCAAGAUUUUGAGGACUUUGCAUCGAACCUAUGUUAACAUGAAGCAGAAACCCGUUUGGAAUGACUUAAACCCCAAAGCCGUGACCACAGACGAGCUCUUUGGUUUUAUCCAUCAUGCCACUCGAGAAUGGAAAGAUGGGCUUUUUUCAUCACUUCUGAGAGAACAAGCCAACCUUCUGCACGAUGGGCCCAAAUGGAUAGUUCUGGACGGAGACAUUGACCCAAUGUGGAUCGAGUCACUCAACACGGUGAUGGAUGAUAACAAGGUCCUGACACUGGCCAGUAAUGAGCGGGUGGCCCUCAGCCCUCACAUGAGGCUCCUGUUUGAGAUCGACCAUUUGCAGACGGCAACACCUGCAACUGUGUCCAGAGCUGGGAUUUUGUAUGUGAACCCACAAGACCUGGGCUGGAAUCCGUAUGUGGCUAGCUGGAUCGACAGGAGAAGCCAUCAGUCCGAAAAGGCCAAUCUGACGAUCCUUUUUGAUAAAUAUGUUCCCCCGUGCUUGGACAAACUGAGGACGAGUUUCAAAACCAUCACUUCGAUUCCAGAGAUCAGUCUGGUUCAGACUCUUUGCUCUCUUUUGGAUUGUUUGCUGACCCCUGAAAAUGUUCCUUCAGAAAGCCCGCGAGAAGUCUAUGAGAUCUACUUUGUCUUUGCCUGUAUCUGGGCCUUCGGGGGAGCCCUGCUCCAAGAUCAGCUCUCAGAUUAUCCUACCGAAUUUAGUCGCUGGUGGCUCAAGCAAAUGAAAGCAGUCAAAUUUCCAUCCCAGGGGACUAUUUUUGAUUAUUAUCUUGACCCCAAGACCAGGAAGUUUUUGCCUUGGACUGAUAAAGUUCCCAAAUUGACUGUGGAUCCAGAGACGCCCUUACAGGCAGUCCUCGUCCCCACUCAGGAGACGACUCGUCUUCGAUAUUUUGCCGAUUUGCUGUUGGCAAAAGGGCAGCCGUUAAUGCUGGUCGGCAGCGCGGGAGUGGGGAAAACCCUUUUUGUGAGCGACACGCUGGCCGAGCUCUCUGAAGACUACAUGGUAUCCAAAGUCCCUUUCAACUACUAUAUGACGUCGAGCAUCCUGCAGAGGAUCCUUGAGAAGCCCCUAGAGAAGAAAGCAGGGCGCACCUAUGGCCCGGUGGGAAACAAGAAACUAAUUUAUUUCAUUGACGAUAUGAACAUGCCUGAAGUGGAUGUGUACGGCACCGUCCAGCCUCACACCCUGAUCCGACAGCACAUUGAUUACGGGCACUGGUAUGACAGGCAGAAGUUGGCAAUUAAGGACAUCCACAACUGCCAGUACGUGGCCUGCAUGAACCCCCUGGUCGGAAGCUUCACCAUCAAUCCUCGGCUCCAGAGACACUUUUCCGUGUUUGCUUACCACUUUCCGUCUCUGGACUCGCUGGCCUCCAUCUACGGCCAGAUGCUCAGCCUGCACUUCCAGCAUCACGCCCUCGGUGCCCCCUUCCUCCUCCGCGGCGGCCCAGCAUUGGUCCAGGCAGCCAUUGGUCUCCAUCACAUGAUGACUCUUCACUUCCUCCCGACUGCUGUGAAAUUCCACUACACCUUCAAUCUGAGAGACCUCUCCAACGUCUUCCAGGGAAUAUUAUUUGCUACUCCGGAGUGCUUAAUGGGGCCCCUGGAUCUCAUUCGCCUUUGGCUUCAUGAAUCAUCCCGAGUUUACGGAGAUAAGCUAAUAGACAAAAAAGACUGUGACUUGUUUCAGAGGAAACUGCUGGAGACUGCUCGCCGCCAUUUUGAGGGCACGGAAGAGUCCAUUUUGCUCCACCAACCCCUCAUCUAUUGCCACUUCGCCAAUGGCGUGGGAGAGCCCCGUUACCUGCCGGUGAAGAACUGGGAGUCGCUGAAGGCUGUGCUGACUGAGACUCUGGACACCUACAAUGAGCUGAAUGCCGCCAUGCCCCUGGUCUUUUUUGAAGACGCCAUGCAGCAUGUGUGCCGAAUCAGCAGGAUCUUGCACACGUCUCAGGGCUACUCUCUUCUGAUCGGCGUGGGAGGCAGCGGCAAACAGAGCUUGUCUCGGCUCGCAGCGUACAUCAGCUCCUUCGAGGUGUUCCAGAUCACCCUGAGGAAAGACUACGGGCUCCAGGACCUCAAGGUAGAUCUGGCCAACUUGUACAUCAAGACGGGAGCCAAGAACAUGCCCGUUGUGUUUCUGCUGACAGAUGCCCAGGUUCUGGAUGAACGCUUCCUCGUGCUGAUUAAUGACUUGUUGGCAUCAGGAGAAAUCCCAGAUCUCUUCAGCGACGAGGAUGUGGACAAGAUAAUUUCUGGAAUUCAUCAGGAGGUCCGAGGCCUGGGCAUCUUGGACACGAGAGAAAAUUGUUGGAAGUUCUUUCUGGCCAGAGUGCGGCGGCAGCUCAAAGUUAUUCUGUGCUUCUCUCCUGUCGGUCACACUCUGAGAGUGCGAUCUCGCAAGUUCCCAGCUUUGGUAAACUGCACGGCUAUUGACUGGUUUCAUGAGUGGCCACAGGAGGCCCUGCUCUCUGUCAGCAGAAGAUUUAUCGAGGAAACCCAAGAAAUUGAGCCCAGUGUAAAGGGUUCUGUCAGCGCCUUCAUGGCCUACGCCCACAGCAGUGUGAAUGAAAUGAGUGCCCGCUACUACCAGAACGAGAGGAGGUACAACUACACCACUCCCAAGAGUUUCCUGGAGCAAAUUGCUUUGUACAAGACCCUGCUGAAGAAGAAACAAAAAGAAGUGUCCCAGAAGAAGGAGCAUUUGGUGAAUGGCAUCCAAAAGCUAAAGACAACAGCAGCCCAGGUAGCCGACCUCCAAGGCAAGCUGGCGUCCCAGGAGGCCGAGCUCCAGCUGCGGAGCCAGGACAGCGAGGCUCUCAUCGCCAAGAUCGGCCUGCAGACGGAGAGAGUGAGCCGCGAGCGAGCCGUGGCCGACGGCGAGGAGAGAAAGGUGGCCGCCAUCCAGACAGAAGUGUUCCAGAGACAGAGGGAGUGCGAGGUGGACCUGGCCAAAGCAGAGCCCGCCCUCAUCGCUGCCACAGAGGCCCUGGUCACGCUCAACAGGGUGAACCUCAGCGAGCUGAAAGCCUUUCCCAACCCGCCCAUCGCAGUCACCAAUGUCACCGCAGCCGUGAUGGUCCUGCUGGCUCCGCGGGGCCGGGUACCCAAAGACCGCAGCUGGAAAGCCGCCAAAAUCUUUAUGGGAAAGGUCGAUGACUUUUUGCAGGCACUAAUUAACUACGACAAAGAGCACAUUCCGGAGAACUGUCUGAAAGUGGUUCACGAGCAGUACCUGAGGGACCCCGAAUUCAACCCCAACCUGAUCCGAACCAAGUCCUUUGCUGCCGCCGGGCUCUGCGCCUGGGUCAUCAACAUUGUCAGGUUCUAUGAGGUCUACUGUGACGUGGAGCCCAAGCGCCAAGCUCUUGCCGAAGCCAACGUGGAGCUGGAGGCAGCUACAGAGAAGCUGGGGGCCAUCCGGAGAAAGCUGGCGGAGCUGGGUGACAAUCUCAACCAACUUACGGCAUCCUUCGAAAAGGCGAUCGCCGAGAAGGUCCGCUGCCAGGAGCAGGUGAACCAGACCAGCAGGACCAUCGGGCUGGCCAACAGGCUUGUCGGGGAGCUUGAGUCUGAGAAGAUCCGCUGGGCUCAGUCCAUCACCACCUUUGAGACCCAAGAGACGACGCUCUGUGGAGACGUCCUCCUGACGGCAGCCUUCGUGUCCUACGCCGGGUAUUUUACGAAGCGUUACCGCCAGGAGCUGGUGGAAUGCAAGUGGAUUCCCUUCCUGAAGUCCCAAAAGGUCGCCAUCCCCAUCACGGCCGGCCUGGAUCCGAUCGCCAUGUUGACCGAUGACGCGGCCGUGGCUGCUUGGAACAACGAGGGGCUGCCCAGCGACCGCAUGUCCACCGAAAACGCCGCCAUCCUCACCCACGCCGAACGCUGGCCGCUCCUCGUUGACCCGCAGCAGCAGGGGAUUAAGUGGAUCAAGAAGAAGUUUGGGGCUGAGCUCAGAGUCCUCCGCCUGGGCCAGAAAGGGUUUUUGAAUGCCAUUGAAAACGCUCUGGCUUUCGGAGACGUCACGCUCAUUGAGAACUUGGAUGAAACGAUCGAUCCAGUCCUUGAUCCGCUGCUGGGAAGGAACACAAUUAAACGAGGGAAGUUCAUCAGGCUCGGAGACAGAGAAUGUGAGUUCCACCCCCGCUUCCGGCUGCUCCUGCACACCAAGCUGGCCAACCCUCACUACAAGCCCGAGCUCCAGGCUCAGACCACCCUGCUCAACUUCACGGUCACCGAGGAUGGCCUGGAAGCCCAGCUGUUGGCCGACGUGGUCAGCGUGGAGAGGCCGGAUCUGGAAAACCUCAAGUCGGUUCUGACAAAGCAGCAGAAUGACUUUAAGAUCGAUCUGAAGCACCUGGAGGACGACCUUCUCCUGCACCUGUCCACAGCGGAGGGAAGCUUCCUGGACGACACAGAACUGGUGGAGAAGCUGGAAACCACCAAGGCGACGGCGGCAGAGAUAGAGCUCAAGGUGGCUGAAGGCAAAGACAAUGAAGCCAAAAUUAAUGAAGCCAGGGACUGUUACCGGCCGGUGGCGGGCAGAGCCGCGCUCUUGUACUUUGUCGUUAACGACCUCCGGAAGAUCAACCCCAUCUAUCAGUUCUCCCUGAAGGCUUUCAACAGCCUCUUCCAUAAAGCCAUCAGGCAGUCGGGGAAGGCAGAGGACGGCCAGGAGCGCAUCCGGAACCUGAUGGAGAGCAUCACCUACUCCGUGUUCCUUCACACCAGCCAGGCUCUGUUUGAGAAGGACAAGCUCACCUUCCUCUCGCAGAUGACUUUCCAGAUUCUGCUGCGCAAUAAAGAGAUCACAGGCCCCGAGUUGGAUUUCCUGCUUCGCUCCCCGGUGGAUCGCGCUUCCCCGAGUCCCGUGGACUUCCUGACGGCGCAGUCGUGGAGCGCCAUUAAGGCCAUUUCCCAGAUGGACGCGUUCCGGGGGCUGGACCGAGACGUGGAGGGCUCUGCCAAGCGCUGGAAGAAGUGGGUCGAGUCCGAGAGCCCCGAGAAAGAGAAGUUCCCUCAGGAGUGGAAAAGCAAAAGCGCCCUGCAGAAGCUGAUCAUGCUGCGGGCGCUGCGUCCAGACCGCAUGACCUACGCGCUCAGGAAUUUUGUGGAGGAAAAGCUGGGCUCCAAGUACGUGGAAGGGCCGCGGCUGGAGCUGAGCAAGUCCUACCAGGAGAGCAGCCCCUCCACGCCCGUGUGCUUCAUCCUGUCCCCAGGGGUCGACGCCCUCAAGGAUGUGGAGAUUCUGGGCAAAAAACUGGGCUUCACGAUUGAUUCUGGAAAGUUCCACAACAUAUCCUUAGGACAAGGGCAAGAAAUGGUGGCGGAAGUGGCCUUGGAGAAAGCUUCCAGGGACGGACACUGGGUCAUCCUCCAAAACGUCCAUCUGGUAGCCAAGUGGCUGGGGACCCUGGAGAAACUCCUGGAGCGGCUGGGCCACGAAAGCCACGGGGAUUACCGGGUCUUCAUGAGCGUGGAGCCGGCGCCUAGCGCCGAGGAGCACGUCAUCCCUCCGGGCCUGCUGGAGAACGCCAUCAAAAUCACCAACGAGCCCCCCACGGGCAUGCUGGCCAACCUGCACGCCGCCCUCCACAAUUUCAGCCAGGACACGGUGGAGUCCUGCUCCAAGGACCAGGAGUUUAAGAGCAUCCUCUUCUCCCUGUGCUACUUCCACGCCUGCGUGGCCGGGAGACUCAAGUUCGGGCCCCAGGGCUGGAGUCGGAGCUACCCCUUCAACCCCGGGGACCUGCACAUCUGCGCCGACAUCCUCUACAACUACCUGGAGGCCAAUGCUAAGGUCCCCUGGGAAGACCUGCGCUACCUCUUUGGGGAGAUCAUGUAUGGGGGCCACAUCACGGACGACUGGGAUCGCCGCCUGUGCCGGGGCUAUCUGGAAGAAUUCAUGAACCCCUCCAUGUUUGAAGGGGAGCUCCUGCUGGCCCCGGGCUUCCCGGCUCCGCUCACCCUGGACUACGCGGGCUACCACCAGUACAUCGAUGACGCUCUUCCCCCCGAAAGCCCGGUGCUGUACGGCCUCCAUCCCAACGCCGAGAUCGGCUUCCUGACGGUGACUUCGGACGCCCUCCUUCGAGUCGUGCUGGAGAUGCAGCCCAGGAACCUCGCCGGCCACGAAGAGCUGGCCCAGUCCCCGGAGGAGAAGGUUAAGAAUAUCCUGGACGACCUCCUGGAGAAGCUUCCCGAGGAGUUCGACGUGGCAGAGAUGGCGCACAAAACGCCGUCCCGCAGCCCCUACGUCCUCGUGUGCUUCCAGGAGUGUGAGCGGAUGAACCUGCUCCUGCGCGAGAUCCGGCGCUCACUGCGGCAGCUGGACCUGGGCCUGAAGGGUGAGCUCAUGCUGUCUCCCGACAUGGAAGCCCAGCAGAUGGCGCUCAGCUCUGGCACCGUGCCCGCCUCCUGGGUGCGACUGGCCUACCCCUCCACCUACGGCCUGGCCCAGUGGUUCAGCGACCUCCUGGCGAGGUGCCGAGAGCUGGACGGCUGGGCCCAGGACCUGGCCCUGCCGGCAGUAGUAUGGCUGUCCGGACUCUUUAACCCGCAGUCCUUCCUGACAGCUGUCAUGCAGAGCACGGCCCGGAAGAACGCAUGGCCUCUGGACAAGAUGUGUCUGACCGUGGACGUGACCAAGAAGGCCAAGGAGGAUUACGGCCAUCCCCCGAGGGAGGGCGCCUACAUUCACGGGCUCUUCAUGGAGGGAGCACGCUGGGACGUCCAGGCCGGGACCAUGGCAGAGGCGCGCCUCAUGGAGCUGAGCUCACCCAUGCCGGUCAUCUUCGUCAGGGCCAUUCCAGCGGACAGGCAGGACACGAAGCUCACCUACGAGUGCCCUGUGUACCAAACCCGGACCCGGGGCCCCACCUACGUGUGGACCUUCAGGCUGAAGAGCCAGGAGAAGGCCGCCAAGUGGGUGCUGGCGGGGGCGGCCCUGCUCCUGGCCGGGUGAAAGGGGGUGCUCCCCGAAAGGCAACGGCCACCCCCCCAAAGAUGUCCUGCAAGCGUCUUCCACAGAAAUUACUGAGGACGUGACAUUUCCCCCUCCCCAUAAAAGAAAAAGGGAGGGAUAGGAAGAGACAGACAAACCAACACGAGAGAAAGGCCGUGUUCUCCCCGCCACCACAAAGCGUCUG